AUGUCACACACUGCGUCCAGCGCAGCCUCGCCCCUGAUGAUGUACACAUGCAGGUCAGGAGGCCGCGUGAUACACGGACGCCACACGGGCGUCUUCGAUGAUCGGUGCAACACAGGCCAGCGGAAUGAGCGGAGCGAUGCAAUGAACCACGCGCAACUGAUUUUCAGGCCACGUUGCCCCCAACCCUUGCGUCACGAUGUUUUCUCCCGCGAGGGGGGUGUCUGGAACCCGUUGCCUGGGAGCACUGGCCCCCCCGAGCCAGGGAUGCCCCCCAGCGCCCCCGUCGUGCCAGCAUCCCAGGAGACCUCCUGCCAGGCUCCGCCAGGACGCUGCAAAAAGGGCGGGCAGCGCGCCAUGGUCGCCUCCAGCGUGCUCUCCCGGCCAGGGCUGGCUGCGCGCCCAUCCCAGAUGAUCGGAAGCCUCAAAGGCAAAGGCUCGACCUCUGUUCUGGAGGCCUUCGCUGCUCCAUCAGGGGUGUCUUCCCCGUUCGAGGUAAAAACUCGACUUCCAGAAUGA